CUCUUAGCAUUCACACCCGAUUUGCUUCCUCCCUUUGAACGAGAAUGAAACACGCAUCCGCUGCGGAUGGACGUUCAACUCAUUCAUUUCGCAAGUGUUGAUCACGAUUUUGGGCAAGAUUUGCGUAUGAUUUGUCCGAGUUAACGUCAUAUGUCUGAAUUCAUGGCUGGUCAUCAUGGUUGCCUCGCGCUUUUCUCAACUCAUUGCGGGUCCUCUUCUGCCACCACUACAGUCAGCCGGCUAUUCUCGUCUCCACUCGCCCCUGUAGUUCCUUGUAUUCCCUAUACGACUCCUCCUCGUGCCACCCUUGUAUAUGCCCUUGCCUGGACCCGGCCCACCACAUCGCUCCUGGGAAUUUGCAAUCGUAUGUCUCAGUCUAUGAACAUGAGGCCUCUUAAAGAAAAUCAAGAUGUCACCGGUGACUUGGCGGCUCGAUUCGCGAAGCUCGGUGUGAAGAAUUCUUCUGCCCGUUCAGAGAUUUAUCCUCCUAUUGAACCCAACCGCACUGGUUUUCUUCAAGUGUCAGAUAUUCAUUCGCUCUACUGGGAAGAAAGUGGUAAUCCAGAGGGGCAGCCGAUCUUAUUCCUGCAUGGCGGACCCGGAAGUGGCACAAGUGGUGGCAACCGGCGAUUUUUUGACCCAGAAUUCUACCGCAUCAUUUUGUUUGACCAGAGAGGGGCAGGCAAGAGCACUCCACAUGCGUGCUUGGAGGACAAUACAACAUGGGCCCUGGUUAGUGACAUCGAGAAACUUCGGGGGCAUCUGAAGAUUGAGAAAUGGCAGGUCUUCGGGGGGUCGUGGGGAAGCACGCUGGCUUUGACAUACACACAAUCGUAUCCAGAGAGAGUAACUGGGGUCAUCAUGCGAGGGAUAUUCUUGUUGAGGAAAAAGGAGAUCGACUGGUUCUAUCAGGGAGGCGCAGCUGCAAUCUAUCCUGAUGCUUGGGAGCCAUAUCGUGGCCAUAUUCCAGUAGAAGAACGCGGCGACUUCUUAGAAGCCUACAGUAAGCGUCUAAAUAGCCCAGAUGAAUCAGUUCAGCUUGCAGCGGCGAAGGCCUGGACUAACUGGGAGAUGGCAACUUCAUAUUUAGUGCCAAAUGAUGAAUCUCUGAAACGUGGUGAAAAUGAGAAAUUCGCCUUGGCCUUUGCACGAGUUGAAAAUCAUUACUUUCGGAACAAGGGUUUUUUCCGAACCGAUUCUUUCCUCUUAGAGAACAUCGACAAGAUUCGGCACAUUCCUGCUGUAAUUGUUCAGGGGCGAUAUGAUAUGGUUUGCCCCAUGGUAUCGGCAUGGGAUCUACACAGGGCAUGGCCUGAAGCAGACUUCAGAGUAAACACCUACCCUGCAAAUUCUUAAGUCUUGUAACUUCGGCCGGCCACUCUGCGAACGAGCCCAGCAUCGCUGCGGAGUUAGUCAUAGCUUGCGAACUUCACAAGGCCCUCACGCAGAAGCAGCUUUGAAAUUCUGCUGAGCAUUCGAGAAAAGACGGGAGUAGUUGGAGCUGGUUGCUGACUAAAGAUUUAUGUUAAUAAAAGUUGAAAUCCUUUUGAACUUGUGAUGUUUUAUACUCUGGGGCCUGCAUCGAAGCCAACACACAGGGAUAUGAUGUUUUUAUCGCCUAGCCUCAUCUUUGACUUCGAAGGAAAAGUAUAUGAGGAUUUUAUUUCUUUCUCUCACCCGUUUACAAUCCAUGUACUUCACGCUCAGCCAAAAUAUUGCAAAUACCAGUCCCGUUUAUUAACAUUC